GUAAGUGGUAGUCACAAGAUGUCUACAGUCAUUGACAGUCUUACAGUGUAGUGUAAGUGGAAACAAAAUGGCCACUAUUGGUCAUGGUCCCUCCAAGUCCACUUGUUCCGAUUGCUAUGGUGUAAGCAUCAGGACAUCGUCUUCUUCUCUUGUCAAUAUACAGCUGACAGGAAAAUUUGCUUAUCAAGGCAUUGUUAUGCUUGUAAAGGAUAAAGAUACCAACAGAACCGUAGGCGAAUUUAAGGAAUUUGACCAAGACCUCUUUACUUCAGUAGCAUGCGACGAUGAUGAUGAAGUUGAUCAGGUAGAUCUCGACUCAAAUGCUGUCAUUGGGCAUAUAGACUCCAAACUAAAGCAAUGGCCAGUCCAUGUCGGUUGGAUGAUGGAUAUUGUUGAUAAACCAAUUACUACACUUAAGUUCCAAGGCAUGGUUGUCAUCGACUAUGACAACUUUCAUAUGUUACCUGAAACAGAGUUCAAGUUAAAAAAGACAGUGGCGAUCACAACUACAACAAGAGAGAUAGAAACAUCAAUGGAAGCACCUACGAUGACCAUAUCAGAUCCAGUGAGUCGAACAACAGAAAUAAAACACACAGCCACACAGACAAUCAUAGAGGUAGAGCAUACUAUGGAUACAUUUGUAGAGCAAGAGCGUAAUGAGUUAUUUAUCUAUACAUUUUCAAUACUGUCUACACUUUAUUGUUCUCUGUCUGUUUGCCUACGGAAAUAUAUAAAGAGAAGAAAGAGACGAAUAGUAGACGAUGAAUUACAACUCAUACCCACUGCAAAAGACAAUUAGAUCAGACCCUGCAUAAAACACGUUUCACACAGAUACCUUUUGUAACAUAAUAAAUUCAUUUAAAGAGAUAUAAUUUUAGCAAAGCGCGCAGUCAAAGAGUUAAUCCUAGAUAUCUGGAGUCCGACUAGUGCAGGAACGAUGAGUAUCUCGAACACAAAAUGUGUAAAUCGGACUGCAUUCAUCUCUCUCUCUUUCCCCUUUUUUCUUUUUCUUUCUUUCUUCCUUCCUUCUU